AUGCCUACCGAGGAAAGUAUCCAAUUCUAUCCUAUCACUAGGGAAUGUAUGCUAGGUAAAGGUACAACCUAUCGUGGCGGACAAGAUCGUACAAAAUCAGGACUAAUUUGUCAGAACUGGUUGUCACAAUAUCCACAUCGGCAUUCAUUUACACCAGCAGCUUAUCCUGAAUUUGGCCUUGGUGAUCAUAAUUACUGCCGUAAUCCAGAUAAUUCAAAUGAUGGACCUUGGUGCUUUACUUCAUCAAUUAGCAGACGUUCAGAAGCAUGUAGCGUUCCCCGUUGUGGUAAGACCUUAAUUUUUUAA